AAACAAAUCAAACAUUCUUCAGAACUGAGCAGCUGUAAACAGACUCGGAUACUUUUGAAUUCCAACAGGAUAUAAAACUACAGACUGGGAAAAAUCACUCGUGUUCAGUUGCACCAACUGUCAGCAAACUUGCUGUUACUGUUCAGAGGCGACAAAACUUCCCAGAGAGAAGCUCGAGAUGCAGCACUACGGGGUGAACGGCUAUUCUUUGCACGCCAUGAACUCUCUGAGCGCAAUGUACAACCUGCAUCAACAGGCCGCGCAGCAUGCGCAGCACGCGCCCGACUACCGGCCAUCCGUGCACGCGCUUACGCUAGCCGAGAGACUUGCAGACAUCAUCUUGGAGGCACGCUAUGGUUCUCAGCACAGAAAGCAGCGCCGCAGCCGCACAGCCUUCACCGCCCAGCAGCUGGAGGCGCUGGAGAAAACCUUCCAGAAAACACACUACCCUGAUGUGGUCAUGCGUGAACGGCUGGCCAUGUGCACAAACUUACCUGAAGCUCGAGUACAGGUGUGGUUUAAAAACCGGCGUGCAAAGUUUCGCAAAAAGCAGCGCAGCUUGCAGAAAGAGCAGCUUCAGCGGCUGAAGGAAGCUGGGACAGAGGGCGCUCAAGAUGAGGGAAAAGAAGAAGCUCCGCCUGUUGAGGCACAAGCCCCGCCCUCUCCGUUAGAUGGGCGUGGCCUCACUAGUGCCCCUUCCUGUGAGCUGAAUGAGGAGGUGAACGUGACCUCACCAGAACAGUCAGGGGCAGAAUCAGGGGCCGAGGACACCACUGACAGAGAGGAUGAGCCACUGUCAAUCAAAGAUGAAAUAAAAGAGGCGGGGCCACCUCUGAUGACAGAUGACAGCUCACCCUCAUAUAAACCACUCAGCCCUAAAUCAGAUGAUCCGCUUGUUUCUCCAGCUCUUCCCUCUUCCAGCGGCGCGGUGGCUCAGAGUAACUCGUACGCGUCGUCUCCUCUCAGUCUCUUCCGUCUGCAGGAACAGUUUCGCCAGCACAUGGCCGCCACCAACAACCUCAUGCACUACCCUGCCUUCGACGUGACCGCGCCGUCCUCCUUACCUUACCUGGGUGUAAACGUAAACAUGGCGUCUCCGCUUGGAUCUCUGCCCUGUCAGCCAUACUACCAGACGCUGACUCAAGCCCAGCAGAUGUGGAGCAGUCCUCUGCUGCAGGGCUCCGGAGGUCUCCCGGCCCUCAACAGCAAAACCACAAGCAUCGAAAACCUGCGCCUGCGGGCCAAGCAGCAUGCUGCAUCUCUCGGCCUGGACACGCUACCAAACUAAGACCAUGUCCACAUGAACAUGGGUAUUUUCCGGAUGAGUUUUCCUGCCUUUGUUUGACAAAUAAAAAGCUGAUGCGCUGUCAAGAGCAUGCCGAACCAACAGGGAGCCAUAAAAACGCUGAGAUAAAGGGAUAGUUCACCCC